CCCCCUCCCGGUGCUCCCCUACUCCAAACCCCUACCUCCACCGUCAAGCCAAAGUACAAAAUGAGAAGACUGAACUGGAAUAAAUUGACGACACACCAAGUGAAGGGAAAGCGCAAUAUAUGGACGCAGCUAGCUAACUCUAAGGAAAACGGGUACUCUGUAGAUUAUGAAAGUUUGGAGGAACUAUUUCGGCAGACAAAUGCUACUGGAAAGGCCAUCGAGCCCGCUUUGGAUAAUUCCGAAGGACCAGAAAAGAAAGUCAAAGAAACAAAUGAGGUUGCUUUGUUUGACUCGAAGAAAAGUUUGAACCUCAACAUCUUCUUGAGGCAGUUCAGAUGUUCGAACGAAGAGAUCAUCGAUAAACUGAAGAAGGGAGACAGUGAGACUAUUGGUGCAGAAAAGCUCAGGGGUCUAUUGAAGAUAUUACCGGAGAAGGAAGAUAUCGAGCUGCUGGAGUCUUACACCGGUGACAGAGAGAAGCUAGGCAAUGCAGAGAAGUUCUUCUUGCUGCUGCUAGGGUUACAAAAUUACAAGCUUCGCAUAGACGGCAUGCUGCUGAAGGAAGAACUCAACUCCACCGUAGACUACCUCGAACCUUCCAUAGACACCAUGAUUAAAGCUGGGGAAGAACUCCUCAAGUGCAAAGCCUUACAAGAUAUCCUCCACAUUGUGCUAAUAACGGGCAACUACAUCAAUGCUGGUGGGUACGCUGGAAAUGCUGUUGGAUUCAAGAUGGCGUCCCUUCUGAAACUUGUGGACACCCGCGCCAACAAGCCAGGCAUGAACUUCAUGCACUACGUAGCUUUGCAAGCGGAGAAGAAGGACAAGAAGCUCCUACAAGUUGACGCUCAGCUGAAAACACUGGAAGAAGCUUCAAGACACUCUGUUGAGAACAUCAACACUGAGGUGAAACAACUGGCCGAGAAGACAAAGUCGGUGGACAAACAGUUAGAGAAGGCUCAUCGUGACGUCAGAAUUCAGCUGAUGGAUUUCCUCAGGACGGCUAAGAUGGAUGUCGAAGACCUCCAGUCCGGGAUGAAGAAGCUGGAGAAGCUGCGUAAGAAGCUGGCAGAGUUCUUCUGCGAGGAUGAGACCCUCUUCAAGAUCGAGGAGUGCUUCAGCGUGUUUCACCAGUUCACACAGAGGUUCAAGAAAGCUAUCGAGGAGAACAAGGAGCGUCAGAUCAAGGAGGAGCGGGAGGAGCAGCGUCGUAAGGAGCAGGACCUGCUGGAGUCAGCCCGGAGUCAGCGGAGACACUCGCUCGCUCUCACCGGCUCCGUCUCCUCCCUCCUCCCGGAGAGAGAACCCAGCCCCGAGCCGGAGGAGAAGGACACCGGCCCGAUCGUCGACAAACUCCUGGGGGAUAUUCGGAGUGGAUUUGCUCGCAAGCGAGGGGAGAGUGUGCGCGCCAGGAUAAAGCGGUUAGAAGGACUUGGUCCUAAGGACGCGAAGGCUGCGGAAAAGGCUGACGAACAGGGAAACGAGAAAACUGAAGACGAAAACGUUGUAGACUCAAAGCUGACCAAUGGGCAUGAGAACACGGGUACCGAUAAGACUCCCGUACUGAAGGGCGUUCCAAAGGUGGGAAGUCCGACACCAGACUCUAGUAAACAGUCCAAGGAUUCACCAACAGCUAGGAAGAUGAGAACGCCAUCCUCGAAUGAUGACGACAACUUGUUCGAAUUCUUGCUGCAGGGUGAAAACGGUGACCUGAUGAACAAACUCGACAGCGCGCAGAUGAAGACGCGCAGGCCGGCACGAAGGCGGAUAAGAGACGUUGAUCUCCGGUUGAAAGAAACUAACGACCGGGAGACCAGCACGCCAGGCCGCCGCUGGAGGAGUACGGUAGAGGGUAGGGAGGUGGACGUUGCUCUCAGGCAAUGGGCUGCGAAACAAGAAGCCGCCGAAGCGAAAGAAACUACUAAAGACGUGACAAAAGAGGAGGACAAAGAAACGAAACCAGCUCCGAAGAAAUGGAGAACUGCAAUGCAGGAAUGGGAAGCUGCAAACCCCGAGCAGCCGUCUUCACCUAGAAAAACAUCCAGCUUCUCCAAGUUGGAGAGCAGCUCCGAGAGGAGUAAGAGGAGAUCCUCAGAACUUAUGCAGUCCUCGAUACCGGAGGAGCCUGAGAACGUUACAUCUCCGGCGAAGGGGAAAAAGGCUUCGACUUCGUCUGAGAAACUCGACACCAAAGAACCUGAAAGAGAAAUUGCCUCCAAACGGAGCGUGAGGGCCAGCCCUCUGAACGUCAGUGACCGGUCUGCCACCAGCAGACGAUGGCGCAGUAGCGUGGACAGCAGGGAGGUGGAUAAGGCGGUGAGAUCAUUCGAUAAAUCGAAGAGAGAUCUAAUCAAACCGAAGAAUUCAACUUUGAUACGGACUUCCACCCUUCAGGAUAGACCCAGCACGACUACUAGUACUACAGAGCCAAUGUGGCGGAGGUCUUAUAAAUCCACAGACGUAGAAAAAGCAAUCAAGGCAGAGCCGCUGUCGAAGUCAUAUAGAGACAAAGCAAGCACUAAAACAGAUGACAUUGAUGCACGGUUGAAGAAAAGAAGAGAGGAGCGACGAUGGCGAAGUUCGCUAGAUUCGAAGGAAAUCAACUCAGCAGUUCGGAAGUUUGAUUUUGAUAGUCGCCGGAGGCAUUUUGACGGGUCUCGCGGUAGCUCUCAGAGUUCGUCCUUGGAUUCGAGUCCUCACGACAGCCGGGGGAGUACGCCUGAACCCGUGAGAAGGUCGGACAAGCGGACGUCGGUCUCCAACAGAAAGGAGACCCCAAAGAACAUUCCCGAGUCCCCCCGGAGGACAAAAGCAUUCCCCGGGGGUGCCGUCAGGGUCCGCAGUCCAGACACCGAGAAAAAGGACCUCCCUGGCAAGACUCAGGACAAAAGUUCCGCGAAUAAAAAGCCAGGAAUCGAGAUUACCGCAGACGGUUUGAAAGGAAAAAUCAAGGAGGAAAUACGUGACAAUAACAAAGGUGGUACUGAUGAGGAUAGCGUCAAAACUCGCGAUCGUUUAGGAAGGAGAUGGAGAAGUAGCUUGGACAAGAGAGAGGUGGACGUUGCCUUGAGAAGUCACGAGACGAAAGGCAGGGAAAGUGCAAUACACAAACCGGUGGAGAAGAAAGGAGCUGAGGAGGAGAAGAAGGUGGAAGUGAAAGAAUCGAAGUACGCGAAAAGAUGGCGGGAGAAGGUUUACGGUGAGAAGGACGAGAGUGGUGCUGAGGAGAAGGGGAAGGAGACGGUUGUGUCAACCAUGCACGUGAAGGAGGACAGGGCGCCCGUGCAGAAGAGAUGGCGCAGCGCGGUGGACAGAACAGAGGUAGAUCUCGCGAUAAAACAGCACGAGACUAAAAUGUCGAAAGAUUCGGAGAGUGUGGGAGUGAGUCAGGAGGUGGCCAAACUGACGGAGAAGAGUGAUCGCGGUGUGCACGACCGCAGGCGGCGGAGUGCCAGGGGGUCUGUAGACGUCAAGGACAUUAAAGCAGCCAUAAGUAAGACGAAGGAGGACGACAAGAGUACGGUUGAAAAGUCGGGUAAAAGCCUCACGACCACAACAAGUGGGCAGGACUCUGAGGGGGAAGAAGAAGAAUCUUCCCGCCCGCUCUUCGGAAGUGUUCGCGGGAGGAUGAAACGGUACGAGAAGAGUCAAACUCAGGAGGACGACGGUAGCCAGACGGGCGUUACCGGAAACGGGAUCAGGGUGGCCAACAGGUUCGGCCGGCGGUCGCGAACUGACGUCGACCCGAAGGACGUGGACGUCGUGUUACGGUCGGGCAUGAAGAGUAUCAAGGAGGAGAAGGAGACUGCGGAAGAGGAUAAGUCUCCGCGUCGGGAGAUACCGAAACCCAAACCAGCCCUGCUCCGGCGGUGGACCAGUCUGAUCGACGAAACCGCCAUGAAGAAGGUAACAGAAGAACCAGGCUCGGUCGGGAAGAGACUGAAAAACUUCAUGGAGAGAAAAAUCAGUAAAGACGACUAUGACGUCCCACCGGCGGGUAGCUCUCAAAACAGACGAUGGACUACAAGUGACUUCGAUACUACUUCAGCGGUUGAGCCAGCGGUCAGGCAGAAUGACCGGACAAAGGAGAGACUGAAGGAAAGACUUGCGCGCAUAAGUGAGAACGUUAAGGCGAGUGACUGGACUGAUGAACCUAAACACGGAGGGUCACUCGAGCCCACCCACGCUCCCUUGGUGGCGAAGUACUCCUCCGAUAGCGGCAGGUCGUCCAGACCCAGGUCGGAGGACAUCAGUGACAAAGUCUCUCCGGAGAAAACCACUCCGGGUGACGAAUACAACGGCGACAGCGACCUGGAUAACGACGACGAAGGGUUCGAGACGGAGUCUACCGUGAGCUCGAACAUCGACAGCGUGGCAGACAAGGUGGGCAGUGUGGACGGAGAGGGCAACGGGAGCCCGGCGAGAGAAAGUGCGGGAGUGUUCCGCGCCAUUGGCAGCAGGAGAGACAGCCUGGGGUUGGAUGAGCCGUCAGCGCACACGUGUCACAGCCCGCAGUCCAGCGUCGACUCCUCGUUCGACCAGUCGGACAUCACGGACACCGACUCCAUCACGUCCGGCGGGCGGGACUCCAGGCCCAGCAGCCAGACCUUCUCCGAAGCCGACGGCAAACAUCAUCAGGACGCCGUCAGGUCGUUCCACAAAGUCUCGCCAGGGGGAGCGAAAACACAGAGCAGUGCCGAGACCAGGAAUGGCCUGCCGGUCCCCCGGAAACUGAGCCUACCGAAGUUCGACAAGGCUCCGCCACCGAAGCGCAUCCCGGGUACGUUUGCCGGGAAGGUUGGACACUUGUUGAGCAAGUUCGAUCAAGGAGGUCCCGGUGGCUCCACGACACCAGCCGCGAAGUCAGGCAACUCCGUGCCGAGGAGGAACACUAUUGCAUCGUUCACCGUCCCGAAAAAUGGCACCGACUCGAGCAAGCUGUCCAGCCCGGAGAGAGAGAACAUUGCUCCCGAUCCACAGAAGGCCGCGGCACGGGACACUAUCGUGCAGGCCAUCGAGUCCGCCAUCGAGACACAGCGGUCACCUUCGGCAAAGGAGAUCAAAUCUGCCGAGGACUGAACAUUAACACAACGUGAAGUAUAACCAGUAUACCGUUAUACUCGUAUACAGUGAAGACAGUAUUUUAUUGGGAAGGAAAUAGUCAUCCCUGAGAGCUUUGAGGGAAGAAUUAGCUUUAUUAUGUUUAAAGUCAAUGCAAUUUGAAUUCUAAUAGCGAAUUAAUAGGUAAUUAAUCUUGUCUUUCCAUGGAAUGAUGUACAAUAUUUUUGAGAACCAUGUGAAUCGAUCGGUACAAGUCAGGAAACUUCCGUCAGCAAUAAUCCAAACUGCCAUUCCGAGAAGUAUUAACGCCACUUAGCGGAUUUAUCUUAGACUGCAUGUUCCUCAGGUGCCGUUAGAUGUUGCAAAACGAACAUUCUCCCACCACAGGGCAUUCUUCAAUACACCGAUCCUGAAGCCCCGCCCACCUCCGUCGAAACAAAGAAAUGCAACUAUUGGCGGACUUGCAGCCGCUCUCUCAUUGGUCGAACCGGUGAUUGCCAUUCACUCAUUGGUUGAACUUCUAAUUGUGAUGAACAUUUGGGAUCGUUUCUAAAGACCGACCUGACAGCCGCUCUCUCAUUGGUCGAACCAGUAAAUUGCCACUCUCUCAUUGGUUGAACUUUUAAUUGUUAUGGACUGUCUCUUGACCCAUUCUGACAGUCCAAUCAAACCAGCAGUCUAGAGAACGAAAAAGAGAGAGUUUGUACAUGAAUGUAGCUGAAUGCGUCCGUCAAUUUUUUGCAUUCAUAUGUUUUUCCCAAAUCUGUUUAUGCGGCUAUAUGGAUCGGUGUAUUGAAUGGUUGUCUGGAGUGGCGUUCAAUAGGUGUUUUCUAUCCAGGGUUUGCGCUUUUUUCCUAGGGUAUAUUUGACGUGACGCUACUUUAACUCCAUGGAGGUAGACUUUGUUUUGAUACAAAGGCAACAUUUGAUGGCCCUGAGGACAUAGAGAAGUAUUAAUAUUAAUACAAUAUUAGUUCACUUUGCACAACUUCACACACAAGUAGCUCAAUAUAUGACAACUUGUCCGCCGACGGAAUGUUAUACAACAUAUUUCUCUCGAAA